AUGCCGUCUCCUGAUAUUAUCGAUCAUUCUCCUCGCGAGGCCAAGCACUCAGCGCCAAUUCCCACGGCAUCCAAUCUGGUUCUCAUCGACAAUUAUGACUCCUUCACCUGGAAUAUCUACCAAUAUCUCACACUGGAGGGCGCCACUGUUCAUGUGAUUCGAAACGAUAAGAUUACUCUGGACGAACUCAUCAAAAGGGGUCCUAGCCAGCUUAUUAUUAGCCCCGGUCCGGGCCAUCCUUCUACGGAUUCGGGUAUCAGCCGAGAUGCUAUUCGCCACUUUGCGGGCAAGAUUCCCAUCUUUGGCGUCUGCAUGGGCCUACAAUGCAUUUUUGACGUCUAUGGCGGCGAAGUCAAUUCGGCCGGAGAGUGGCUGCACGGCAAGACUUCACCGUUGACUCACGAUGCCAAGGGCGUUUUCCAGGGUCUGGAGCAGGAGAUCCCCAUCACCAGGUAUCACUCUCUUGCUGGAUCACCCGUCACACUUCCCGAGUGCCUCGAGGUCACUUCCUGGGUCGCCAAGCCUGAUGGUAGCCGCGGCAUUAUCCAGGGUGUACGCCACAAAGAGUAUACGAUGGAAGCUGUGCAGUUUCACCCCGAAAGCAUCCUGACUGAGAAUGGUCGCACCAUGAUUCGAAACUUUUUGCACAUGCAGGGUGGUACCUGGAAGGACAAUAACCGUCUACAAGCUGCAUCAAAGACCGUCAACGGCACUACGGCGGUCACCCCCAAGAGUAACAACAUUCUGCAAAAGAUCUACGACAGCCGCCGUGCGGCCGUGAAUGCUCAGCGAUUGAUCCCUUCUCAGAGAAUGGAGGAUCUCCAAGCCACCUAUGAUCUCGGUGUCGCUCCACCUUUGGUGCCGUUUGUAAAGCGUCUCAGCCAAACUCCGUUUGACGUCUCCCUCAUGGCCGAAAUCAAGCGUGGCUCCCCGUCCAAGGGCAUCUUCAACAUUGACGUUCGCGCGCCUGUCCAAGCCAGGAAAUAUGCGCUGGCUGGUGCCAGUGUCAUCUCCGUCCUCACAGAGCCCGAGUGGUUCAAGGGAAGCAUCGAGGAUCUCAGAGCAGUUCGCCAGGUCCUAGAAGGCAUGCCAAACAGGCCAGCAAUUCUGCGCAAGGAGUUUAUAUUCGAUGAGUACCAGAUUCUAGAAGCUCGGCUCGCGGGUGCGGACACGGUUCUUCUCAUUGUCAAGAUGCUGGAUGUUGAAACGCUCGAGCGACUAUACAAAUAUUCUCAGUCCCUCGGAAUGGAGCCUUUGGUUGAGGUGCAGAACGCUGAAGAGAUGACUAUUGCCGUCAAGCUCGGCUCCAAGGUAAUUGGUGUCAACAACCGAAAUUUGGAGACUUUCGAUGUCGAUCUGGACACAACUGGUCGUCUUCGCAGCAUGGUACCCGACACCACCAUCAUUUGCGCCCUAAGUGGUAUCAACACAUAUGAUGAUGUCGUCAUGUGCAAGAAAGACGGUGUCAAUGCCGUUUUAGUUGGCGAGGCCAUCAUGAGAGCGCCCGACGCCAGUGUCUUCAUCAGCGAGCUGUGCUCUGGCAAGGCGCCAGAAGCCAAAAAGGAGCAGACUCAGCCCUUGCUCGUCAAAAUUUGCGGUACACGAAGCGCUGCGGCUGCCAAAAAGGCGGUCGAGUCGCAAGCUGACUUUGUUGGCAUGUGUCUCGUGCCGGGUGCAAAGCGGUGCAUUGAUGACGAGACUGCCCUCGCCAUCUCAGAGGCAGUACAUUCUUUUACUGGCACAACAAGCUCCAAGCCCGAACCCUCACUACCUGCCACUGGCGCUGCCGACUACUUCCAGGGCGCUUACAGCAGACUCCAAAGCUCCCGGCCCCGGCUUGUGGGUAUUUUCCAGAACCAGCCGCUCAGCGAGGUCUUGGAGAAGCAGAAGUUGUAUAACUUGGAUCUGGUACAGCUUCAUGGCGAUGAGCCUAUCGAAUGGGCCAACCUGAUUCCUGUCCCCGUCAUUCGCGCAUUCAAGCCUGAUCAUAUCAGUCUGGGUAUUCGCGGCUUCCACACCGUUCCUCUUCUCGACUCUGGAGCUGGCUCUGGCAAGCUGAUCGAUGUCUCCAAGGUCAAGGCUGUUCUGGAGAAGGACUCUAAUUUGAGAGUGUUCCUCGCUGGAGGCCUGAAUCCAGAUAAUGUCGCGGAGGCAGUUACGGCGCUGGGUAACUUGGCCGACAGAGUUAUCGGUGUGGACGUCAGUAGCGGUGUGGAGGAGGCCGGAAAGCAAAGUCUCGAGAGGAUUGAGGCGUUUAUUAAGAACUCCAAGGCAAUUCGAUAG